CGGAAUGUGCAGCAAAUUCAGGCCACAAGCUUUGCGUUUACCGCGCUGCUGGCGGAUGGAUCACUGGUUACUUGGGGAAAUCCAACAUGGGGUGGUGACAGCUCCGCAGUCCAAGAGCAACUUCAGUAUUUAUGAAGUGCCACAAGUCAGCGAAACUUGACUGGGAUGACUGGGAUGACUGCCAUGCGAGGAACCAGGAGUCGCGGGAGCGGCAUGAGAUCUGGGAAUGUUUAUCCCGGGCAACUUAUGAGGAUGGACCAGAGUCACUUCCAGACUCUUCCAGACUCCAGAUUUCUGAAUCUGAACAUUUCUGGCCACCUCCUUCAGAUGCACGAGCUCAAACUGGUCGCCCAGCCUCGCUGGAGGAUUUCUUUCAGGAACGCCAGGUCUUCUCCUGCCCAGGGAGCCGAAUUGACGAGGAUGCAGAUGUGCUGGCGCCCAGGCGCAUGCCCUAUAUGCCUGGUGAGCAGCUCACUCGCUCCGCGGCCUUGGCUUCCCAGGUGAAGGCUGACGAGGCGAAAGGCGACCUUCAGGUGGAACGGCACGUGGAAGUCAAGUCAGAGUGCAGCACGGUCGACACCAGCUCGGUACCAGUGCGUGGCGGUAAGGUCGAGCUUCCCGUGCUGCGCCUGGAAACGGCCUUGACCGUCUCGGUGCCGCUGGAAGAGCGAGAGAACUAUUCGAUGGGCUCUGAUGGCCAUGACCUUCGGCAGUGCAAGCCGUGCGCGUUCUUCCACACCAAGGGUUGUUCCAGUGGCAGAGAUUGCGAGUUCUGCCACUUGUGCCCAAAAGGUGAGAAACAAAGGCGCCAGAAGGAGAAGCGAGCCUUCUUCGGUGCCAUGAGGUCCUUGCAAAAGAUCGCGUCCGAGAGUUGGCCGUUUCGGGGGAGCAGCAGCACGCUGUCAGAGUGA